UUCUUAUCACUAGUCGUCCGAAAAAUAGUCACCUAACUUUAGUCACCCAACUUCACACACGUUAAAAUUUAAAUUAACUUUAAAAGUUUAAAAUGUUAGGAUAUAUUUACCUAAUUUUAUAAAUAAUACAACAGUGGUAGAAUAAAGAAAUUAACAUUCUAUACAAUGACUGAAUCAAUAGACAAAUCUAAAAGAAAGCAAUUUGGUAAUAGGUUUUUAAAAACCGAUGAUGACGUUUUUAAACAUAAUGCAUGGGAUAAUGUAGAAUGGGAUGAAGCACAAGAAACAGAAGCUCUGUCACAAGUAGGUGUGCAUAUGAAAAGUAAAAUGCCUUCAGAAAAAGCUGCUGAUUUAGAAAAUAAUGCUGAUGAAUAUUGGAAUAAAUUUUAUUCUGUCCAUCAAGAAAAGUUUUUUAAGAAUAGAUGUUGGUUGUUCACUGAAUUUCCAGAGAUAACUUCACUUAAAAAUGAAAAAUCAAGUUCUAUAUUAGAAGUGGGAUGUGGAGUUGGAAAUUCGGUCUUUCCCAUAUUAUCACACUGUGUAGACAACAAUGUACAUGUGUACUGUUGUGAUUUUUCUUCAAAUGCCAUAAAAAUCUUAAAAGAAAAUUCAGAAUAUAACGAAGAACAUUGUACAGCAUUUGUAUGUGAUAUAACUAAUGAUGAAUGGAAUCCUCCAUUUGCUUUGGAGAGUUUAGAUGUUAUAUUAUUGGUUUUUGUUCUUUCCGCUAUACAACCAGAAAAGUUAAAACAUGUAGUGGGUAAGUUUUAUCAGUACUUGAAACCAGGAGGCAUGGUAUUGUUUCGCGAUUAUGGCAGAUAUGACAUGGCACAGCUAAGGUUUAAAGAAGGAAGAUGCAUAUCAGAAAAUUAUUAUAGCAGAGGUGAUGGAACAUUGGUAUACUUUUUUACACAAGAUGAUGUUCAAAAAUUGUUCCUAGAAGCAGGGUUUGAACAAGUUCAGAAUAUUGUUGAUCGUCGUAUGCAAGUAAAUAGAGGUAAACAGUUAAAAAUGUAUCGUGUUUGGAUUCAAUGUAAAUAUAAGAAACCAAUUUUGUAAAAAACUUUGAAUGUAAUAUAUUUAAAAUACUAAAACUGUA